AUGUCCUGCGACAAACGUAUGAAUCUGUGGGAAAAGCCCAAUCCAUCUCUCAGUAGGAGCGUCAAUCUGAAGGAGUGGACCAUCAUGUCUACUGCAAAGGCCUUGGCCAAGAACCACCAGUGGCUGGCUUAUGACCAGCAACGAGAAGCCUAUGUUAGGACAGUCGUGGACAGAAUGCUGGGGCUGGACAAGCAGCUGGACCAGGCCGUCCGGGCCCAGUUAUCGCAGCACAAUAAGGAGCAUUCAGAGGAGGAGAGAGUAAGCCAGAUGAAGGAGCACUUUGAAAGCCUGGUGGUGAUUGGUCGAGACAACCUGGUGAUACUCAAGCAACAGCUCGACGUCACCCUCCAUGACCUGGCAAACGCCAAAAUUAGGUACGAGGAAAAGGAGAUUGAAGCCAAUGACCUCAAGCAGCAGCUUCAGCGUUGCGCCGUGGAGAAAGAGCAGAUGAUGGACGAGAUGAAAGCGCUCCAGUGGAAACUGGACGAGGAGAAGCGGCGCACCGCUAAUUUGGAAAAACAGUCUUCUCUCUUUCAGAGCUUCAUGAUAAAGCGCAAUAAUGCCAGCCAGGACAAGAUCGCAGACCUGGAGGGACAGGUCCAUAGUUCCUCCCAGGACCUUGAAGAUGAAAUGGAGAACUGUUCGUAUUUGAAGAGACAGCUGGUCAGAGUUGUCAAUAUGCUGCGAAGAAGCGACGACCAACUGGCAUGCUAUGAAAAGAGAAACCAGCGGGAGGAAGACUACAGGAAGGAGGAGGAGGAGGAGGAGCCUAUCUAUGUAGAAAUGAAACCCUGCUGGACAUCAUCGCCCAAUGACAGUAGCUUGGAUAGAAGCUCCCUGGACUGCCCCCGUUGUCAGAUCCGGUGUCCUAUCAGUCAGUACCGGCAGAUGAUGGACCACCUGGAAGUCUGCCUCAACUGA